UUAUGAAAUAAGCAGAAGAACAAUACUAAAAUCUCUAUAAGCUCAAACCAGAACCAGUUACUACCCCUGAAAUCUAAGGAUAUGAUUUUAAUUAAGGAAUCGAUUAUGAAGCACUCUUAAAAUCAUAUGCUAACUUUGGAUUGCAAGCAUCUCAAUUAAGCACUGCUAUCGAUUUAGUCAAUAAAAUGAUCCAUUGGAGAUUAGGUCCUAAUGAAGAUAAUGAUGAUCCCAAUACUAGAUGUACCAUUUUUUUAGGUUACACUAGUAAUAUGGUAUCUUCAGGGAAUAGAGAUAUAAUCAGAUACCUAGCUUAACAUAAAAUGAUUGAUGCAAUAGUGACUACAGCAGGAGCAAUAGAGGAAGAUUUAAUGAAAUGUAUUUCAACAUUUCACAAAGGAGAUUGGUAAGCAAAUGAUAAGGAAAUAAGAUUAAAAGCAAUUUGUAGGAUAGGUAAUAUUUAUGUUCCUGCAGCAAAUUAUGGUAAACUAGAAGAUUGGUUGAUGCCAGUAUUUUAAGAGAUGUACAAAGAAUAAAAAGAGAAGGGCACAAUAUGGUCACCAUAAUCAAUGAUAAAAAGGUUUGGAGAGAGAAUAAAUGAUGAAAGAUCAAUAUAUUAUUGGUGUGCUAAGAAUGAUAUACCAGUAUAUUGUCCUGCAUUAACAGAUGGGGCUAUAGGAGAUAUGAUGUUUUAUUUUAAUUACAAAUAUGAAGGAUUUAUAUGUGAUAUCCUAUAAGAUGUAGUAUAAUUAAAUAAGAAAGCAAUGUAUGCAAAGAAAUCAGGGUUGAUUAUAUUAGGAGGAGGAGUAGUAAAACAUCACAUAAUGAAUGCAAAUAUUUGGAGAAAUGGUGCAGAUUGGGCUGUAUUUAUAAAUACAGGAAUUUAAUAUGAUGGAAGUGAUGCAGGUGCAAAACCAUCAGAAGGAAUAACUUGGGGUAAAUUAAGAAUUGAUGCUGAAUAUGUAAAAGUAUUUUCUGAGGCAACUCUUGUUUUUCCUUUAUUAGUUGCAUAAACAUUUGCUAAAAAUUUUGAUGAAGCAAAAAGAGUUUGA